ACGACACUCACAGUCGACGGGGAACCUGAUAACACCGGGCUGCUACUCUCAGCGACACACCAUCACCACCAAACAUCAGAAAAGGUUAAGAUGGCGACAAAAACUAACUUCUGUGUCGUGGACCUGGUGUUUCUGCUUGUGCUGGUCUCGGUUUCUGCGUCAGAGCGGACGAAGACGGUGGAGUUCAACGUUAAACCGGGAGGAGUGGUGCACACUUUCUCCGAGGGAAUUAAGGAGUAUGAAUGCUCAUUCACUUAUGCUUCACAAGGGGGAACCAAUGAGCAAUGGUUGAUGAGUGUGGGCCUGAGUGACGACGACAGACUGUUUUCCUGUUCUGUGUGGAGGCCUCAGGGAAAAUCGUACCUGUUUUUCACUCAGUUCAAAGCUGAACUGAAAGGAACCAAAAUUGAAUAUGCCAACGCAUAUUCACAGGCGGCAACAGGAGGACAGAGUGACAUGCCUUUGAAGCCGGAGGAAUUUACCGUAGGAGACUCAACAGUGACCCACAACGAUGGAAAGUUCAACGCUCAACUCUCCAAACUGACCGCCAUCGGACGGACACGACACGAUGAGCUGUAAUUGGUCAGAAGUCUGACUCGGCUUUGGUCAUGUUUUGACCAAUCAGGGCAACUUGGUGAGCUCUGAGUCAGGCCUCUUUGUUUCAGCUGGAUGGAUUUGGGAGAGUUCUUCCUGAGUGACAACCAAAAUUUGAAGUAGGAUGAUACUGAUAUCGCCUCUGCAGCACUUUGUGUGUCAGUACAUUAGUUACCUGGUAUUUUCUUGCCACAAUGGAUUUGGGACAAUAAGAUUAAAACAGUGAGGCGUCAGUUGAGUAUCCCUUUUUUUUUUUUUUUUAAUAUAUUGUCCUAGUUAAAAUUCUGCCAUAAGAUAAAGUGCUCCCAUAGUUGCUUUUAGUUUCUAAGGCUCAGAGAUUUACAGGGAAUAAAUCUGCCCUGAUCCACAGGGGACACGUGAAUGUAUAGAGGAUUGGUGUCUGGAGGUUUGUCGAGUAUAGAUAACAUAUUUAGAGUAGGGAGGGAUUUAUCCAUCUUGUGUAAUCCUGAGAGGAAAGUGAGUAAUCCCCAGCAUCGUCGUUGCACACACAUAAACAAUUACAUUUUCCCUCAAUCUCAGUCCGCUCAGAGCUGCUGUUGAGACGACGCCUCUGUCUCUGUCGUCAUCUCUCUGUUUAUCUUCAUCUGUUCCAGAUAACUGAAAGCAGCACGUUUGAUCCCUCUAAAUCACAAAUCAGUAUUAUUUGUGAUACGUUACUCUUUAAGGCUUGUUUUUGGCCAGAAGCAAUACUUGUAGUAGCAGCAGAUAAACGAUAAACUGUAAACACUGAGGAUCAUGUUUUUGAACACACUGCACUAGAAUAUAAAUGUGAUUUAAUUGCAAAAUCUCUCAUAUUAGAAAAUAUAAGAAGGCAUCGAGCCUCCAAAGUCCUGAAAGAUUAUAUUUUUUUAAUCCUGUGCACACUAGCUAACAAAUUGAACAUGGUCCAUACACACCACAGAGUCUUAUUGACCAGCACAUGGGAUCAAAAACUCUGACUGUGCAAAAACCAAGAAAUCAGGCACACUGUCGAUGACUUGUGCUCAAUUUAUGAUGUUUUGAUCCUCAGCCUUUUAUCAGGUAAUAUGUAAAUUUUACAUGAAGAUCUGAGGACAACGUCUGGUUUCCUACUUCUUGCACAUAAGACAUUGGGACGUAAGGAGCUCUGUAGGGAGAAAUAACUUGAAUUAGUUACGUUUUAUUAGAAAUACCAUUCCUCUAAUCACACACCUGUCGCUGGCAAUGUCACAAUGGUCACAAAAAUCUUUUCUAAUUUUAGGUUAUUUUAGUGAACUUUCAGUUACAUCAUGUGAAAUGUGACCAAAAAGCUACAAUAUAGUGCGUGCACAGACUUGUGGCUCUUGAGCCCUUUGCUUUUAUCCUUCAGUGUCACAUGUCUGGAUCAGCGAGGAUAUUGUGCAUGUUUCAGAUGUACGUCAUUAUUACAGAUCCCUCUCGUCUCCCUGCUCUUAUGUAGCGAGUAGGAUUGCCUUUAUCUUCCUUACACUGAUCCAACCCUCUUAGAUCCACACAAGAGUCCAGAGGAUGAGUUCUGGGGAUUGAUUUUAGAUUUGAGGAUUGUGUUGAUUUGAUUCUGUGGUUGGAUUACCGUCUGAGGUUCGUACCUUGCUUGGUCUUGGUUUUGUUUCUCUCGUCUGUCUAGAGGUGAUCCUCUGGAGUUGAGGAAAUGCUCAGCAGGGAGGUUUGUGUGUCCCUUUUGUCACCAUCCUCCGGGAUCACAACAGGAAAUAAUCACGUCCAGAUACCGACCCAGAAUAGAAAAAAAAAAACACACACACAAGAUGUUACUUAUUUUGUACACGCUUUCUUUUUCUACUUCUUAAUUGUACUGAUUCAUGAUGAAAUGUGAUGGAUAUUUGAAUAAAGACAUGUUGUCACUGUUCUGGAAAUAA